AUGUUGUCUAAUAGAGAAUGGAUGUACACAAAGAGACUCGAUAAUCAUCGUUUGUUUAAUCCACAAUGGCCACAUUAUGCUAAUUUGUUUUUGGAUUUUGCUUAUGUGAACGCAACAAACAUCCAACAUAUCAUUAGGGAAGGGGUGGAAGUUUUUGAAAUUAGAUGUCCGUGUGCGAAAUGCAAAAAUAUUUAUUACCUUCCGAGAGAAUUAGUUUUUAGCCAUCUUGUUAACCGAGGCUUCAUGAAUGGUUAUACACAAUGGUAUUUACAUGGAGAAAAAUAUCCAACACUAGAGAUAGGUCAAUGUUCAAACCCAAUUUCACCUCAACACGUGGGUCCAAGUUCGAAUAUUGAAACAGUUCAACACAUUAAUAACGAUUUUAGUGAUUAUCAUAGAUACCAGGAGAUGGUUAUCGAUAGCAUGCACCAACCUGAGGCUUCGUAUUAUCAACAAACACCACAACACCCAAAUCUUGAAGCCCAAAAUUUUUAUAAAGUUUUGAAACAAGCGAGUGAGCCUUUAUUGGACGGGUGUACAAAAACUUCCACACUCUCUGCCACCACUAGAUUAUUGGAUUGGAAAUCCCAAUCUAAUGUUUCAGACACGUCAUUUGAUACACUUCUUUCGAUUGUUAAAGACAUUCUACCAACUGGCGAGAAGCUUCCUAAUAGCUUCUACGAGACCAAGAAAAUGUUGAAGCCACUAAAAUUGCCUUCAGAAAGGAUUCAUGUAUGUAUAAACCAUUGCAUGCUAUUCAGGGGCCAGUUUGCUGAUUUGGAUCAUUGUGCAGUAUGUGGAGAAAAUAGAUACAAAGCCAAAGGGAGAAAGGUUCCUAAUUUGGUCAUGACUUACAUGCCGAUUGGACCGAGACUCCAAAGGCUCUUCUAUUCAAGGAAGACGGCCAAAUAUUUAACUUGGCAUGCAGAUCAUUUAGUAGAUCCAGAAAAGAUGAUACAUCCCAGUGAAGGUGAAGCAUGGAAUCAUUUUGACAGAAAAUUUCCUGAUUUUGCAAAUGAGAAGCGCAACAUACGUCUCGGGUUGUGCACUAAUGGGUUUAGUCCUAAUAAUUCAAACACGACUCCCUAUUCGUGUUGGCUUGUGUUUCUCACUGUUUACAACCUACCCCCUUGGUUGGCUUUUAAACAUCAAUACAUACAACUUCCAUUGAUUAUUCCUGGGAAGAAGAGUCCCGGACAAAAUUUGGAUGUUUUUUUACAACCUUUGGUGGACGAUUUGAAGAUGUUGUUCACAGAUGGCAUUGAAACUUAUGACGCUCAUCGAAAGACCAAUUUUCAGAUGAAGGUUGUACUUCUAUGGACAGUUAGUGACUUCCAUGCUUAUGCAAUGUUGUCCGGAUGGAGCACUCAUGGUAAUUUAGCCUGUCCAUAUUGCAUGCACCAAACAGAAUCAUUUCGACUUUCCAACGGAAAAAAAUCGUGUUGGUUUGACUGUCAUAGAAAACAUCUACCCGAAAGACACGUAUUCCGAAAUGAUACAGUUAAUUUCUUAAAAGGCAAGAAAGUGAAGGGUCAUGAAGUGCCUGUUCCAUACCCAACCAAAUAA